AUGAGCUUUACUCGUGGCCUUAGAACACUUAACAGUGACAAUGAUGUUUUGCAAAUGAUAAGAGAUGUUGAUGGUUGUGACAUUGUAGAUUUGUAUGUUGAGCAUAACAUUAGUGGACCUGACAUUAUAGAUGAGACAAAAAUAGGGCAUGACAUAAUUUCUGAUGAUGAUGUUGUUGAAGUGAAAGAUGAAGAUGAUGUGCACAACGAUGUUGAUGACGAUGAAGAUGGUAUGAAUAAGGAUGUUGAUAAGGCAGUUGAACAGAAUGAUAAAGAUGGUGUGGAUACGGAUGCUAAACUGGAUGAAGAAAAUGUUGAAGUGGCCAAUGAAUUUGAAAGGGAUGAUGAAGUUAAGGAUGUUGAGGAUAGUGACCAUAAGUUAGAUUGGGCAACUGCAUUACCUAAAGAUACAACAAGACCAUAUAUGAAUGACUUUGACCAUGGGGAGGAUUCUGACCAACUUCAAACCCCACAUGAGAGUGAAGAUGAUGAAGAGUAUGAGAGAUUCCCAACCUAUAAGGUUGGUGAGGGAAUUAAGUUUGAGUUAGACAUGAGAUUUAACACCAAGGAUAUGGUAAAGGAUGUUACAAAGGAGUAUGCCAUGUUGGAGAAAAAAUAUUUACCUACAUAA